AUGGGGCAUAAGAUAUAUUUUGACAAUAUCUUUUCUUCAUACAAGCUUUUCCAAGCAUUGAAACAAGAAAAAAUUUGUGCUGCUGGAACUCCUCUAAUUCCAGAUAAGGAGGCAAUGAAGAAGGAAAGAGGAUUUUCAGAAGAAAUUUUUAGCGCAGAUGACAUAAUACUGGUAAAAUGGGUUGACAACAAAACAGUUGUUCUAGGAUCUAAUUUCAGUGGAAAAGGAGAAAUUCACAAAGUUGAACACUGGGACAAAAAAGAAAGUAAAUAUGUUACUAUCGCUCGACCAGAGAUUGUAAAAUGCUACAACCAUGGGAUGGGCAGAGUUGGUCUUUUUGAUCAAUUGAUGCCAUUCUACAGAAUUUUUAUAAAGUCAAAGAAAUGGACACUCAGAGCUAUUUUCCAUGCUGUAGAUUUUGCUGUGGUACAGAGAUGGCUCGAAUACAGGAAAAAUGCCAAUGCAGUUGGUCUACCAACGAAGAAAAUAAUGGAUCUCCUACACUUCCGUAUGAAGCUGGCUGAUGUUCUGGUGUUAAGUGGGAUGGAUACCUCAAAUAGAAAAUGGGGCCGACCCUCUGCCACACUUCCAGAUACACCUGUUCAAAGAUAA